CAGCCGCGUCAGCGGCGCGUAACGGAACCAGACAGCGCUCGGAUUGGCUCGGAUUGGAACCAUUUUUGGGGUUUUACUGGUUUAUCAUGCAAGAAAACGGAUCAUAAAAGGAAAUAAAAAGGAUAAAUUCCCGGAUCUAUUAGGAUUUAGUCCCUGUGGAUUGUUUUCUGGAGGAAACGGAACCCGCUUUGCGUCCAGAUUCAUCUCCUCAGAAAACCCGGCGGAACCGAUGAAUGCGUAGCCGGGUCCGGCCAUGUGGAUAACGAGUGCAGGUCCGAGGUCCCGGGUCCCCCCCCUGGCCCCGGUCCCGGUCCCGGUCCUGGUCCUGGUCCUGGUCCGGGUCCAGGCCGCCCUGGCCGCCCUGGAGCUGCAGCUGGACGAGAACCAGCCGGCCGGCACCAUCGUGGGCGACAUCAGCGCGGGCCUGCCGGCCGGCGAGACAGCGUCGCUCUACUUCAUCUCCGACCUGGGCGGCUCCGGCGUGGGCUCCGGGGUCGGGUCCGACCUGCACAUCGACGAGACCACCGGCAUCAUCACCACGGCGCGGCGGCUGGACCGCGAGGAGCGCGACCACUACAGCUUCAUCGCCGUGACGGUGACCGGCACCACCAUCGAGGUGUCGGUCACCGUCAACGACGUCAACGACCACGCGCCCCAGUUCCCCCGGAAGAGGACGCUGCUCAAGAUCCCGGAGCACACGGCCGUGGGGACGCGGUUCCCCCUGGACCCGGCCUCGGACCCGGACCGGGACCAGCUCACCACGCAGGGCUACACCAUCAGAGAGGGGAACGUGGGCCAGGCGUUCCGUCUGGAGAGUAAACGCGGCUCCACCGACGCGGCGCUGCAGCUGGACCUGGUGGUGAACGGCCCGCUGGACCGCGAGCAGCGUCCGGCCUUCACGCUGCUGCUGGAGGCCUUCGACGGGGGCUCGCCCCGCAGGCUGGGCUCCACCACGCUGGAGGUGGCGGUGACCGACGUCAACGACCACGCCCCCGCCUUCAACCAGAGCCGCUACCACGCCGUCAUCUCGGAGAGCCUCCCGCAGGGGAGCAGCAUCUUACAGGUGUUUGCGACAGACAAGGACGAGGGCGACAACGGUCUGGUUCUGUACGAGAUCAACCGGCGUCAGAGCGACCCGGACCGAUACUUCGUCAUCGACCUCAAGUCCGGCGUCAUCACCCUGAACAAAGGUCUGGACUACGAGAAGAAGAGAGUCCACGAGCUGGUGGUGCAGGCGCGGGACAACGCCAGCCAGCCGGAGGUGACGAACACGUUUGUGACGAUCCACGUGCGCGACUUCAACGACAACCAGCCGACGAUGACGAUCAUCUUCCUGAGCGAGGACGGGUCCCCGCGGAUCUCGGAGGGCGCGGAGGCGGGCGAGUACGUGGCCCGGAUCUCGGUGACGGACCCGGACUACGGCGAGUACGCUAACGUCAACGUGUCCCUGGAGGGCGGCGACGGCCGCUUCGCCCUCACCACCAAGGACAGCAUCAUCUACCUGAUCUACGUGGACGCGGCGCUGGACCGCGAGGAGCGCGACUCCUACGACCUGCGCGUCACGGCCACCGACGCCGGCUCGCCGCCGCUGCGCGCCGAGUCGGCCUUCACCAUCACGGUGACCGACGUCAACGACAACCCGCCGCUGUUCGACCAGCAGGCGUACCGGCAGAGCAUCCCCGAGGUGGUUUACCCGGGGUCCUUCGUGCUGCAGGUGACGGCGCGGGACAAGGACCAGGGCCCCAACGGGGACGUCCGCUACAGCCUGCUGCCCGGCGGGGACUCCCACUCCGACUGGUUCUCCAUCGACCCCGUCACCGGCAUCAUCACCACGGCGACCGCCCUGGACUUCGAGUCGGAGCCGGCGCCCAGCGUCACCGUGGUGGCCACGGACGGCGGCCGGCCGCCGCUGUCGUCCACGGCAACCGUGGACAUCGUGGUGCAGGACGUCAACGACAACGCGCCCGUGUUCCCGCGGGAUUUCUACAACGCCUCGGUCGGGGAGAACACGCCGGCCGGAAGCUGCUUCCUCCAGGUCUCGGCCACCGACGGUGACCGCGGUUCCUUCGGGGCCCUGGUCUACGCCCUGGGGUUCUCCUCUGGAACCGGGACCCAGACCCCCUUCACCAUCAACAAGGAGACGGGGCAGAUCUGCACCAGCAACCCCCUGGACCGGGACCAGGGACCGGACCGGUUCGACCUGACGGUGACGGCCACCGACGGGGGCGGUCUGAGCUCGACGAGCCGUGUCCGGGUGACGGUGACGGACGUCAACGACAACCGUCCGUCCUUCUACCCGCUGCUCUACACCGUCAGCCUCAGCACCCACAGUGCACCGGGAACCUCCGUCGCCAGGGUAACGGCCAACGACCCCGACGCCGGGGACAACGGCCGGGUGACGUACCGCACCGUGCCAGGAGGGGGCUCCACCUUCUUCACCCUCAACAAGGACACGGGCGUGAUCUCUCUGUCCCGCUCCCUCCACGGUAAGGCCAACUCCGUGAUCUCCAUGGUGAUCUCGGCCGAGGACGGCGGCGGGCUAGCGGCGCCGGCUAACGCGCGGGUGAACGUUAGCGUGGUGGGCGGCUCGGUGGCGCCCCCCGUCUUCCAGCAGGCGCAGUACUUCUUCACGGUGUCGGAGGACGUCCUGCGGGGGACGGAGGUGGGACUCGUCCACGCCGCCACCAAGACCGGCGUCUCCAAGGGCGUCUUCUACUCUGUCUCCUCCGGAGACCCCGACGGCUACUUCACGGUGGACGGCGGCUCUGGUACCAUCCGGACGGCGCUGCCCCUGGACCACGAGACCUGCUCCAGCCUGGACCUGGAGAUCCAGGCCCGGUCCGGCUCCCCGCCGGCCUACGGCACCAGCCGGGUCCGGAUCACCGUCUCCGACGUCAACGACAACGCCCCGACCUUCCUGCCCUCGUCGUCCGAGUCCAUCGUGCUGCCGGAGGCCACCAAGAUGGGGGCCGUCAUCUACCGCAUCUCGGCCACGGACCGGGACUCGGGCCACAACGGCCAGCUGAGCUUUGACCUGGUGUCGGCCGGCGCUGCUGGUUCAGGCGGUGCUGCUGGCGGCGCCGGCCAGAGGACCUUCGGCGUGGACCGGAGCACCGGGGAGGUGCGGCUCAUCGGGGCGCUGUCCUACGACAGCGUUCCGCGCUACGACCUGCAGGUGACGGCGAAGGACGGCGGUGCUCCUCAGCUCAGCUCCACCUUCACGCUGGUGGUGCAGGUUCAGGCUCCGGACGCCGAGGGUCCGAACUUCGACACCCUGAUCUACCGGGUGGAGCUGCGGGAGAACUCGGCCCUGAACACGCGGUUCCUGCAGGUCCGAGCUCUGAACAGAGAGGCUGCUGGGAACUCUGGCGGCUCCUCGUCCUCCCCCAUCUCCUACCGGCUCCGGCCCGACGGCGACGCCGCCGGCUUCGGCGUGGCGCCGGACAGCGGCUGGCUGUUCGUGCGCAGCGCGGUGGACCGGGAGGUGAAGGACCUGUACCUGCUGACGGUGCUGGCCACGUCGGGCCGGGCCGGGGCCGCCGCGGGGCCGGGCGGGGCCGGCCGCACCGGCAGCGCCACCGUCAGGGUCACGGUAACCGACGAGAACGACAACGCCCCGCGCCUGAGCCAGGACCGGGUGUUCCUGGCCGUCAGGGAGAACCUGCUGGCCGGGACCGGCUUCGGACGGGUGUCGGCCUCGGACCGCGACGCCGGGCUCAACGCCCGCCUGGCCUACCGGCUGCUGCACCAGGACCGACGCUUCCAGAUCAACGCCCAGACCGGGGAGAUCAGCACCCGCCUGGCCCUGGACCGGGAGCAUCAGUCCAGCUACCAGCUGGUGGUGGUGGUGCAGGACGGGGGGACGCCGCCGCGCAGCGCUACCGGCACCGCCCACAUCACGGUGCUGGACGACAACGACAACGCUCCGAUAUUCACCCACGUCAGGCCGGACAGGGAGCUGCUGCUGCAGGUGACGGAGGGCCUGCCGUCCGGGACGGUGGUCGGGGCCGUGACGGCCAAAGACCCGGACGAGGGCGAGAACGGGACCAUCUACUACUCCCUGUCAGGUCCACGAGCCGAGCGGUUCUCCCUGAACCCGACCAGCGGGGAACUCCGCACCGCCGCCCCGCUCCGGUUCGUGGAGAGAGCCGAUUACGGGUUUACGGUGACAGCCGCCGACCACGGCUCGCCGGGCCAAAGCUCCACCUGCCAGAUCCGGAUACAGGUCCUAAGCUCCGCCCUUUCCCCCACCACCUCCGUCCUCUCUGUGACGCUGACGGUGGAGGAAGGCUCCGCCCCCGGCUCCGUGAUUGGCUCGGUGCGGCCGGACCAGCGUGGCUCCGCCCCCCCGGCGGGUCAGGUGACCUACCUGCUGGUGGGCGGGUCCGACCAGGACGGCACCUUCAUGGUGGACCGUCUCCGCGGCGACGUGCUGCUGGUGCGAGAGCUGGACUACGAGCGCGGCCACCGCUACACGCUGCACGUCGAGGUGUCCGACUUCUCCGGGAACUUUCCCAGCAGCCACCUGGUCAAGCUGGACAUCCAGGUGACGGACAGCAACGACCACGCCCCCCGCUUCCUCCAGGACCCCGUUACCAUAGUAACCCCCGAGAACGCCGAGCCGGGAGCCUCGAUCUACACCUUCCAGGCCGAGGACCAGGACGGCAGCGGGCCGAACAGCGAGCUGCGUUACUCCAUCCAGCACCGCUGGCCCGACUCCCCGGACCUGCUGCUCCUGGACCCGGUUAGCGGUGUGCUAACGCUGGGCCGGCGUCUGGACCGCGAGGCCACGCCCUCCGUGUUCCUGGUGGUCCGGGCCACCGACCAGGCGACCGACCCGGCGCGGCGCCGCUGGGCCUCCGUCUCCGCCCGCAUCUUCGUCACCGACCAGAACGACAACGCGCCCGUGUUCGGGUCGCCGUCGGCCGUCAGCGUCAUGGAGGACACGCCGGUGGGGUUCGUGGUUCUGUACCUGACGGCCCGGGACGACGACGAGGGCGACAACGGACGGGUUUCCUACCGGAUCCAGGCGGGAAACAGUGGGGGAAGAUUCAGCCUGAACCCCAACACCGGAGCUCUGUCCAUCCAGAAGGUUCUGGACCGGGAGCAGCAGGACUCCUUCAACCUGACGGUGUUGGCGGAGGACGGCGGUUCUCCCCAGCUCUCGUCCUCCACGCUGCUGCGCGUCACCGUCAUCGACGUCAACGACGAGGCCCCGGCGUUCACGCAGGACCAGUUCCAGGCCCGGGUGGUGGAGAACCGGGGACCCGGGACCACGGUGAUCCGGGUGGAGGCCACGGACCGGGACCAAGGUUCCAACGGCCAGGUGACGUACGGAGGAGUGACGGAGGACGGAUUCAUCAUCAACCCGCUGACCGGAGUCAUCACCACCACCAAGGAGCUGGACGCAGAGACGCAGGACCGCUACACGCUAACCGUCUACGCCCGGGACGGCGGCCUCCCUCCCAACUUCUCCAAGGCCGUGGUCCGCGUGGAGGUGACGGACGAGAACGACAACGCGCCGACGUUCGCUAAGCUGUGGUACCAGCUGGAGGUUCCGGAGAACCAGGACCCCGUGGAGCUGAGCCUGCUCCGGGCCUCGGACUCGGACUCUGGUCCUGGAGGGGAGCUGGAGUACCGGAUCAAUGCCGGCGACCCGGACGAGGACUUCCGUCUCCACCCCACCACGGGAACGCUGGCCACGUCGCGGGGCCUGGACCGGGAGAAGACGGCGAGCUACGACCUGGAGGUGGUGGCGUCGGACCGGGGAAGCCCCGCCCUCAGCGCCACCGUCACCGUCCAGGUCACCGUGCUGGACGUCAACGACAACUCGCCCGCCUUCAGGAAAAGCAGCUACGCCGUGGACGUGUCGGAGGACGCAGCGGAGGGAUCACUGGUGGUGGAGGUUUCGGCCUCCGACGCCGACGACGGCGUUAACGGGAAGGUUCUGUACUUCCUGAGCCCGGAAGCUCGCGGUUCCUUCUCCGUGGACGGAGACUCUGGCCGCAUCACCACGGCGGCGCCGCUGGACCGCGAGAAAACGCCGUCGUACAGUUUCCAGGUGUUCGCCGUCGACCUGUCGCCGGCGGCCCCGAGGAAUUCCUCCGCUCAGGUGACGGUCUCGGUCCUGGACGUGAACGACAACGCCCCGUUCUUCCUGACGGACCCGCUGGUGGUCGAGGUUUCGGCCCGUCGUUCGUCCCAGCGCGUUCUCGCCACCAUGAAGGCCGAGGACAAAGACUUCGGCGCCAACGGCUCGCUGUUCUACCGCUUCGCCGCGCCGGCGCCGGGCUUCGGCAUCAACUCGCUGACGGGCGAGAUCCGGGCGACCGAGCCGCUAACGGGGCUAACGCCGGCCCAGCGUACCCUGAUCGUGGAGGCCAUGGACCAGGGAAACCCGGCCCAGUCGGCGCACGGCGUCGUGGUCGUCCACGUCACGGAGCAGCCGCACGAUGGAAUACGCUUCUCCAGGAACGCUAGGGACGUCAGCCUGCAGGAGAACGCUGUUAAAGGCACGGCGGUGGCCCAGGCUCAGGCUCAGCAUCCCGACGGUUCCAGGAGAGGAAUCAGCUACAGCAUCUUCAGUGGAAACAAACGGCAGGCCUUUACCAUCAGCUCCUCCACAGGGGAGAUCUGGGUGGAGAGCUCCAGGGGCCUGGACUUCGAGGACUCUCCCCGACUCCGGCUGGUGGUGAAGGCGGAGACGGUGACGUCCACAUCCUUCACGGCCAUCAACCUGGUCCUGCAGGACGUCAACGACAACCUGCCGCGCUUCCAGCUGCAGAACUACGUGGCCUACAUGAGGGAAGCGCAGGGCUACGAGACGCCCAUCAUAAAGGUGGUGGCGGAGGACGUGGACCAGGGCAGCAACGGUCAGGUGACCUACUCCAUCCAAUCCUCCGGCAUGAGCGGCCUGUUCAGGAUCAACCCGGCGACCGGCAGCAUCACCACGGCCGCCAUCAUGGACCGGGAGAUCUUCAAACAGACCAAGCUGGUCGUCACGGCGACCGACAGAGGGAGUCCCCGGCUAGCCGGUUCGGCUACGCUAACGGUGAUCAUCGUGGACCAGAAUGACAACAGUCCCACCAUCCCGUUACCCCAGGAGGUUCGGAUACCGGAGAAUACGCUGAUCGGGACGGAGAUCACGCUGGUGACGGGCAACGACGUGGACUCGGGCCCCGCGCUGUCGUACUCGCUGCAGCUGGACGGGACGGCGGCGGGAAAGUUCGGGAUCCACCGCUACGGCGGCGGCGUGUCGCUAACGGGCCCGCUGGACUUCGAGGAGAAGACGUGGUUCACGGUGACGGUCCGGGCCACGGACGGCCGGCACCGCGCCGAGGCCAACGUCACCGUCGUGGUGGAGGACGUCAACGACAACGCCCCGGCGUUCACCCACGACCUCUACCAGAUUACUCUGCCGGAGCACACGCCGCCCGGAAGUCCCGUCAUCACCGUGACGGCGACCGACAGAGACUCUGGAGAAAACGGCCGGAUCACCUACAGCGUGAUGUCGUCGACCCAGGAGGGUUUUUACAUCGACGCCAACAACGGAACUCUGUUCAUCAACCACCGGGCUGAGUUCGACCCCGAACGUCCGUCCGUCAACAUCGUGAUCGAGGCGCGGGACCGAGGGACGCCCCCUCUGUCCUCCCUCACCACGGUGCAGGUUCACAUCGCCGACGUCAACGACCACGCGCCGGCGUUCCACCAGGCCGACUACAGAGCCACCGUGUCGGAGGACUCCGUCCCCGGCUCCACCGUCCUGACCUUCGAGGCGUUCGACGGCGACCUGUCGCGGGAAAACUGCGGCUUUGACUUCGCCGUCGCCGACGGCAACGAGGGCAACGCGUUCCAGAUGGAGAGCAGCGUGCGGUUCGUGGAGGGGCGGGGCUUCCGGACGGUGGGGACGCUGCUGCUGUCGGAGGGGCUGGACUUCGAGACCAAACCGCUCUACAACCUGACGGUGGUGGUGUCGGACCGCGGCGUCCCCCAGCGCAGCUCCAGCGUCGCCGCGGUGAUCACCGUCGCAGACGUCAACGACAACCCGCCGGCGUUCGCCAGGGCCGAGUACAGCGUGUCGCUCAGCGAAGCCGCCGACGCCGGGACGGAGAUCAUACGACUGACGGCUACAGACCCGGACUCGACUCCCAACGCAGAAGUCCAGUACUCCAUCAGCUCCGGGGACGAGGUGUCCUUGUUCUCCAUCGACCAGUGGACGGGAGCGCUGCGUCUCCGGCAGUCGCUCGACCGCGAGCACCAGCCGACGCACACCGUCGUCGUCCAGGCCGCCGACGGACACGGACACUUCGCGCUGGUCCCCGUCGUCGUGGAGGUCAAGGACGUCAACGACAACCACCCGUUCUUCCCCGUCGACGUCCUGACGGCCACCGUCCGAGAAAACCAGCCCCCGAACUCGGCGGUGACCGUCCUGCACGCCAUCGACCACGACACGGGCGUCUUCGGCCAGCUCAAGUACCGCAUGAUGGAGCGGUCGGGGACGGAGAAAGACAGCUUCGUCGUGGACGACGACUCGGGGGAGAUCCGGAGCAAGAUCACCUUCGACUUCGAGAAGGUCAACUCCUUUAACUUCGUGGCGGUGGCCGUGGACGCGGGCGACAAGUCGGCCACGGUGACGGUGCAGGUGUACGUCACCGGCGAGGACGAGUACGACCCGCUCUUCGCGUCCACGGAGCUUUCCUUCGAGGUUCCCGAGGGAGCCCGGAAAGGCGCGAGCAUCGGGGAGGUGCGAGCUAACGACGAGGACGGAGGCGUGGACGGCAUCGUCCUCUACAGCCUGACCUCCCCGUCCACGUAUUUUGACGUCAACAAAACCACCGGGGUGGUUUUCCUCAAGCUGGACGGCUCUGUUAGCGGCGGCGGCGGUGGCGGCUCGAGCCGGGCGAAGCGGGAAACCCGGACGAUGACGUUGGACGUGAAAGCCCACAGUCCCCUGGAGACGUCUCGCUCUGCGACGGCGCAGAUCUCCAUUGACGUGACCAACACCAACUUCGGCUUGGCCACCGACGUCAACGUCCUGCUCAUUAGCAUCAUCGCCGCGUCGCUCGGCUUCAUCGUUCUGCUGGUCGUCUUGGCCGUCGUUAUCUUUCUGUCCAAGUCACGCAAGAGGAAGAAGGAGCAGGACGCGGGAAACGCCGUCGCUUCGGGAACCGCCAUGAAGAAACUGGACGAUUCGGCAGCGGGGGAAAGUAUCUACCACCAAACCUUGCCCGGGUACGACCAGGGCGGCGUCGGCGGGGGGCAGUACCCCCGGGGGGGCUCGCUGGACCCGUCGCACUCCAGCGGACGGGGAUCGGCCGAGGCGGCCGAGGACGACGAGAUCAGGAUGAUCAACGAGUAUCCGCGCGUGGCGUCCAUUACCUCGUCCAUGCAGGAACACAUCUCAGCAAGAGGACCCGACUCCGGGAUCCAGCAGGACGCCGACCAGUUAUCGGACAUCUCCUGCGAACCGGCCGCUCUGGAAGGCAGCGCUUGGUUCAAGGGGAAGAAGCUAGGAGGAAGUUUGAGCGGGACUUUGCUCUCCGGGCAAAUUCCGGUUUACCGAGACGAAGGCGGCGGCAGCGGCUUCCUGGGCGCGGGACGAGGCCUGAACGUCUCCCUGCCCAAGGACUACGCCUUCCCCGAGGACGGCAAGCCCAUGGUGGACGGGUCGCUCACCGCCAUCGUCGCCAGCGACGAGGAGCUAAGAGGGAGCUACAACUGGGACUACCUGCUCAACUGGUGCCCGCAGUUCCAACCGCUCGCCAACGUCUUCACGGAAAUCGCUCGGCUAAAGGACGAAACCGCCCAGAACACGCGCCAGCCCUUCAAGCCCAAAAUAGACCCCAAGCCGAGGAUCGACCCGCCGCCGCUCAUCACGUCGGUGGCCCACCCGGGCGCCAUGUCGGUCCCGCCCAAAGUCCCCGUGAUCGGGCGGACGUUCCCCCACCUGGCGUCGCUGCGGAGAUCCCCCAUCAGCCACGAGGGCUCCAUCUCCUCGGCGGCCAUGUCGCCCAGCUUCUCCCCGUCGCUGUCGCCGCUGGCCGCCCGGUCCCCGGCCGUCUCUCCGUUCGGGGUCAACCAGGGCCCGUCGGCGUCCAUGAUCAGCACCAGGGAGCCGUCGCUGGACCACAGCCCCGACCACGAGAUGAGGAUAUGACCGCGACGUUAGCGGCGGAACAAUCCGUUCGGAGGCCAUUCUGUCGUUUUUGACCGCGACGGUAGUGGCGGAACAAUCCGUUCGGAGGCCGUUCUGUCGUUUGUACUCUCGUCCUUAAAAAAGAACAAUC